CGCUGUUGUUGUUGUCUUCUUCGUAAACACAAGCAAAAAACGACAACCUCGACAACAACCACCACCACCACCACCAUAUCGACUACCUAAUCCUCACUAACAUACCACCACCACCGCAGCCACCACCACCACCACCUCCGAUACCCCGGAAUAUCUGUGCUUGUCCAUGCACAGACCAUAGUAAUUACCGUAGCGGACACAUUCACUCACCGACACAUGCACUCUUCGAAGCAGAAAUAAUAGCCAACAAACCCCUCCCGGUGGUCGAUCGACAUCAAAGACAGCGAACCGACAAAAACACCCAACCUACACAGCACCCAUACAACGCCCACAUACACAAUGGAAUCCGAAAUUACAUCUAAUCAAUCGCCUCUUGCUGGCCUCUAUCGAUCCACUCGCCAGCGACGCUCGAGUCCUCUCGCCGCAACGCGUUCACGUCGUGGGUCGCCGCUCUCUUACACUGCGCCCGACCCUCCAUUUCCUCCUCCUCCUGCCCGAAAUCCUCUCACUACAUCGUACGAUAAGUUUGACGACUCUGAUGACGAGGGUAAGGCUCCCCAAUUGAGUGCUCUGGCUCGGAUGCUUCUGGACGAAUUCCCGGAACCGGGAUUAUCGGAGACAAAGAAGGAAGAAGAAUAUGAGAAAGAAAAGCAGGAAAAGGCAGACGAAGGACUUCGCCGGUCGCCAUUAUCUCGCUACUCAAUUUCUCGUAAGAGAAUAACAUGGAGUCAAUCCCCCGACCCCGAGGAACGCUCCGGCUCUGCAACUCGUACGGGUUCGUCGCAGGGCUCGUCACGGCGCUUCGGCACAUCGCGAGACGGCAGUCCUGAUCGGCCAACUGGACAGGAAUUCGUCACGCCGGCGGCAGUUCCUCGGUAUAGUCGACGGGCAUACAGUAGUGGGCAGUACUCAAGGGCGGAAGGACCUGGAUCUGCUGGCGACAUAGCAGCACAUGAAGAUCAGCCAGAGACUCGACAUCACCCCAAUGGGUACGCUACUGCCGUUCGCCCGGGGCCUGGAACUGUUGGUGGACUCCCACCCUCGACAACCGCAUCUGCUAUGCGAUGGAAGAGAGCAGGAAGGGGGUUGCUUGGACCUGUUGGUGGAGCUCCUAGGCGGGGACCUAGGAGAGAGAGCGACCCCUCGGAUGUGGACGAAGAGAGAAGGGACAAUGAGGGUAUUCCUGAGAGGAACUCAAGCUCGCCGGAGGAAGUAGGAGGCCGUGAAUCGAACAAUGGAGUUAUGUCCCAUUCACGAAUGGGUUCCGCUUCCCCUACUUCCGGCGGGGAAAAAGAAACGAGCUAUGACCCUGAGCCGAUACCCACUAUCUCGAGACGCCCUCGGAGAGCAUCACCGGAGAGUCUCUCGGGCCAAUAUCAGAUGAACGUCUACCACUCGGCAUCACCGGAGGUCGACAUUGGCCACUCGGCUGAUAAUGCUGGCUCAGCUUCGCCCGUGUCGGCAAUGUCGAGAGCUGCUGCCACUAUUGCCACUACUCCUGCUCCUGCGCUUGCACCUCAAACAAAGUCGGACAAAGAGAAUAUGCCACCGCCAGCGUUUCGUCGACCUGCUGUAGCUGCGUCUUCGUACAAGCGACUGGAUAACACCCUGGAGAAGCCGCCGCCGCCUGUAUUCCAAGCUCCAUCUGUACUGCCUCCUAAGAUGGAACCACUGGCGCCGGCAUCACCGCCCCCGGAGAAGCGGGCAUUGGCAGCAAAGACUAGCAACACCCCGUUGCGGCCCGUCCGCCAGGCUCCCCCGCCGCCGCCACCAAAGAUGUCGAUGCUAGAGGCUGUCACAGCUACAGCUGGAGCUGCGGCCACGAAAACGUCGCAGAACACACGGCGAAACAGGUCCACAGUGACGAUCAAUGGCAAGCCAUAUCGCCGACUAGAUGCUAUCGGCAAAGGAGGUUCCUGUAAAGUGUAUAAGGUUAUGGCCGAGAACCACAAGAUGUUUGCUAUGAAAAAGGUUACUUUCCACGAGCAGGACGGCCCAGCUGCAAUCUUGGGAUACAAAGGAGAAAUCGAUUUGUUGAAGAGGUUGAGUGGUGAGGAACGGGUGAUCCGGUUGUACGAUUUUGAGAUGAACGAGGAGAAACAAACCUUGACGAUGCUUAUGGAAUGCGGCGAGACCGACUUUGCCAAUAUCCUCACAUUGCGCCAUGGUAACGAGGAUUCCCAGCUUGACGUCAGUUUCGUCCGAUAUUACUGGCGUGAGAUGCUUCAAUGCGUUGACAUUGUCCAUCAAUAUAACGUUAUCCACUCCGAUCUCAAACCCGCCAACUUCCUCCUCGUCCGUGGCAAGCUGAAGUUGAUCGACUUUGGCAUCGCCAACGCGAUUCAAGAUGACACCGUCAAUGUCCACCGCGAAAGCCAAGUCGGUACCCUAAACUACAUGAGCCCCGAAGCAAUCGUCGACAUCAAUGCCUCCUCCGGAAAGCCAAUGGCCUCGGUCGGCCAACCCCGUCUCAUGAAGCUCGGUGCUCCCAGCGAUGUCUGGUCCCUCGGCUGCAUCCUCUACCAGAUGACAUACGGCCGCACCCCAUUCUACCACCUGACGUCGAUGUACCAAAAAAUCGCGGCUAUCCCAGAUCCUAAUCAUCCUAUCGACUACCCCUCCACCGGUAUUGGCGGCGUCAAGGUCCCUCGCUCCCUCAUCAAUACGAUCAAGGGUUGCCUCGAAAGAGACAAGGAAAAGCGUCCGACAAUCCGGCAAUUACUCAGCGCCGAAGAUCCUUUCCUGAAUCCUGACAGCAAACCCGGCGUUGUUGAGAUCACCGAGGAUAUGCUGCUGCAGCUGUUAGAGAAUGCUGCCGACACGGUCGAAGCAAACGGGAAACCCAGCACGUACACACUCCAAACUUGGGCGAAAGAUGUGUUUGCCAAGCUAGAACGGAGGAUGGAUACACAACGGCCCGGAUAUCGGUAGUGGUACUUUUUUUGGAUUUUGUUGAUGCACGUGGUGAUACCCAAUGUUUCUCUUCUUCUCCCUCUUUGUUUAUUAUGGGAUCCUUCUACUUUCCCUUUCCUUUCCUUACUACUUCGUUGUUAUAUCUUUUUGGGGGGACUGGUGCUUUUGGCGUGAGGGCUGCUUUUUGGGUGUUUUUCUUUUUCUGGCCAACAUACUCACUUUGUAUUCGUCUUUGGAGACCGAUUUUGCCGUUUUUUUCGUGGUCUCGGCUUUUUACCCUUCACUUUUCAGACCAAAUACCAACUCAACACUGGAUAUGCGCCCGACACUAACGCGGGUUGCUGUGGUUUCCUUUCUUCUUUUUUAGCGGUAUUUAUCAUUAUAUGGGGGAUGGAUUAUGGCGGGAAUGAAUGGGAAUGAAUGAUUGUGAGAGUUUCUUCUCGAGUUUUGAUGAUGGCACG